UCUAAUAAUAAUACUGAUCCUCCGAUCAAACCACAUAUUCGACUCGUACCCAACGUUGGACUUUCCAGUCGAAGCUUUGUCUUUGAUGUGAUCGACAAAGAGCUUGAGCCAGGAAUCCUCUAUCGCAUUGGCCGAUUUUCAGAUCGAAAUACAAUUGAUCAGCGACUUUCUUUCAAAAGUAAAGUGGUGAGUCGUAAUCAUGCGGAAAUAUGGUCUGAAAAUGGAAAGAUCUUUAUUAGAGAUAUUGGAUCCUCCAGUGGCACCUUCGUCAACCGCCUGAGACUCAGUCCACCCAGCCAUGAAAGUCAACCACAAGAGAUCAAAGAUGGGGACACAAUACAAUUGGGCGUUGACUAUCAAGGCGGUGUCGAGCCUAUCUAUCGUGCAGUACGUAUCCGCAUCGAGAUCAAUCGUGCUGAACAACAUUCGAGUCCAUUUACCCGUACAGCAUUUGAACAGCUACGCAAUCAGCUCAUUGCGAGCCACGGAGGAGAAAAAGUAGGUGAAGACGUCCAGGAGUGCUGCAUUUGUCUCUAUGCCAUCGCCCCAUUCCAAGCUCUCUUUGUUGCUCCUUGUUCUCAUGUUUUUCAUUUCAAAUGCCUUCGCCCAAUCGUGUUCCAAAACUAUCCAGGAUUCUCAUGCCCGCUAUGUCGAAACUACUUUGAUUUGGAAGCCAGUGUG